UUUUUGCAGUAUCUUAAUAGAUUUAUUAGCGCCAACAAGCUUAUCUUCGGCAGAUUUGCGGUGUUGUUUUCCAUUGCAAGUGCAUGGUUAGUCGCACAGAUUCUGACUGCAAGCACUAUAUACAACAACAAGCCAGGAGAUACUGGGAAUAGUUGCCGCACUGAUCGUUCUGGUCUUGUCAGUUCUUCUACUUGGGUAUAUCUCCCUUUUGUGCCAUUCCAAUGGGGGGUUCCGACCUUCAACUUUGGAGAAGCUUUGGCUAUGACAGCAGCUUCUUUUGUUUCUCUUUUUGAGUCUACCGGUGCAUUUUAUGCCGCGGCAAGGUAUGGAAGUGCAACACCCGUGCCACCACAUGUUAUUGGCCGCGGAGCCGGCUGGGUGGGAGUAGCUUCUUUUUUCAGUGGCGUUUUGGGUUCUGUAACUGGAUGUACGGCUUCAGUGGAGAAUGCUGGAUUAUUGGCACUCACUAGAGCGGGAAGCCGAAGGGUCAUCCAAAUAUCAGCUGGCUUUAUGAUAUUCUUCUCUAUAUUUGGAAAAGUGGGAGCAUUUUUUGCUUCCAUACCUUUGCCAAUCAUAGCAGCAUUAAACUGUGUGCUCUUAGGCUAUGUCUCUUCUGCAGGUCUUGGUUUUCUCCAGUUCUGUAACCUCAACAGUUUCAGAACCAAAUUCGUGCUGGGCUCUUCAUUCUUCCUCGGCCUCUCCAUACCACAAUAUUUCAUAGAAAUUUUUCACGUGAAGCAUCAACACGGCUGGUUCAAUGAUAUGGUUAGCGUGAUCUUCAUGUCGCACGCAACGGUGGCGGCGUUGAUUGCAUUAAUUUUGGACACCACACUCACAUGCGAAAAUGAUGCAGCCCGUAAGGAUAGCGGUUUGCAGUGGUGGGAGAAGUUCAGUGUAUAUAAUGCUGAUGGUCGGAACGAUGAUUUCUAUAGAUUACCAUGCAGACUCAACGACUUCUUUCCCGCUAUUUAAGCCAAUUCAUUACUUCUUUUUUUUUCAAAACAUUUUGUCUCUAGUUUCCAAUAGCGUUGUUUGAAUUGGAAUAAUGUUGUUGAUAAUGGGAAUAAUUUGUUUACUAUAUUAUUUCCUUGAGUUGGUAUUGUACUUGUUGAAGAGAAGAAAUUUAAUCAAAGAAGAAAAGAAAGUGGUCACGUUGUAUGGAUCAGAGGGACGUGCUGAUUUUAGAUCAUAGAAAAUUAAAAAUAGGGUAGAUAGAAAUCCGAAUAGACGAUUCCAAGAGAGAGAAAAAGGAUUGACCUUUUCUGCCAGAGAAUAUAUGGGAUCACACAAGCCAUGAAUGGCAAAUAAACGUUCUGAGUUGUCU